CUUUAUAAGGAAAUUAAAUUUUCUUUAGACACAGUUAUUAUUAAUACACUGUCCUGGCAGUUACGUUGAAUCUGAGGUGAAUAAGUGUUAUGGAUUUAAUUGUAGCUUCAAUGGCUGCUUUGGUGGCGGCUUUUGUAAACCUCCGGCAUGAUUCUGGGCAGCUUUUUUCUUACCUUAUCUAGAUAGCUAGAUUCUUAUCUAGACAACACUUUCCGAAAUGAUUGCGAAAAACUUUCGCUACCACUACAUUGAAUUGCAUAUACAAGAGCAUGCUGUGAGAUAGCUACAAGCGUAGCCGUACGUACAUUCAUCGCUCCGGCCUUCGAUCUUCUUGGAUUUUACGUAGAUACUCUCCUCCACAAAAGAUUCAGUCCAAGAAUUAUAAGGUGAAAGUGUGGACUCUGCCAAUCCGCUUGCACUUCGUGAAAAAAUUAGCCUCACUCCACAAUGUGUAUUACAAACUGAUCGAAAAGUCGACCCAAAUGGAAAAAAUAAAAAGCAUCGACCGUGAACCAUCGGUGAACAUUCCUUCCAAGGAGGAAAAGGGUGUAAUUUACCCCCAGUUAAUUGCGAGUUUUAUAAUUUCUCUAGCACUAUUCACAGCUGGAUUGUGCUAUUCUUGGUCAGCGAUCAGUUUUCUUCACUUUGAAAAGUAUUUCCCAGGCAUAUCGAUAACUGAAGAACAAAGGUCAUGGGUUGUCAGUGCAUUGCUAAUAGGAAGUUGUUUUGGAGCAAUUACACCUUCACUUCUGGCUGACUACAUUGGCAGAAAAUGGUUCCUUAUUCUGACAUGUAUACCUCCCAUUGUCAGUUGGGCACUCGUUUAUAUCGCCAAGAAUUGGACGCUCCUCCUUGUAGCAAGACUCAUAUCCGGACUUCUGAUUGGAGCUCUUUUUACUGUAGUUCCACAGUACAUUAGCGAAAUCGUGGAACCUAGAAUCAGAGGAGCAUCCAGCGUGAUGAUGGGUCUGCUACUCAAUUUAGGAUAUAUAACCAUGUAUGGAAUUGGUCCACUGGUUAGCGGAAAGAUACUAGCACUUAUCUGUUUGGUACCAUCGGCUAUCUUACUUCUCUUAUUUCCAUGGCUACCAGAGUCACCUUAUUACUAUUUGAAGAAAAAUAAAGAGAAAGAUGCCGAGAUUUCUUUAAUAUGGCUAAGGCGUUCAAGAGACAAUAAGGAGACACUAGAGAAGAUGAACGAGUUUACAGAAAUGGAAAAAGGCGGAAGUAUGAAAAUACUGUUCACUGAUAAGGUGCACAGGCAAUCAUUUCUGCUUGCACUGUUAUUGUUGGCCGGUCAACAAUGUUCUGGAACGAUAGCUGUACAGUCGUAUAUCGGAAUUAUAGUUGAUCAAAUACAUUUCCCGUUGGACACCAAUAUGAUUUUAAUUAUAUUAGGUGUAAUAAACUUAGUUGCAGGCCUGGCAGCUACCUUCACUAUUGACAGAAUUGGUAGAAAACCACUUUUCUUAAUAUCAGCGUACAUCGCUGCUUUAUCCGUAGGCGUUCUGGGAACGUAUUUCCUUCUCCAAGAAAAAAAAUUCAACACUAAGAGCUACGCCAUUGUACCGAUAGUGGCAGUUGUAGUUUUUAACACUGCUACGAGUUUCGGUUUAGUCCCUAUUCCGGCAGUAGUUAGCUCAGAAAUUUUUCCUAUGAACAUUAAAAUUUGGGCGGGUUCUGUCCUGAAUACUUUCGGAGCUAUACUUAGCGUGAUUGUAUCGAAGACUUUUGAACCUAUAGUUACAGCUUGGGGAUUAAAAACAAUCUUCUAUAUUUUCGCUCUCAUCGAAGUAAUAAUAGCCACUAUUGCAGUCUUUAAAAUGCCAGAAACAUCACGUAAAACAUUCGCGGAAAUUCAACACAUGUUGCAAGGAUCUAAUAAGACGGAAGAGAAACAAAAUGAGCCAAAGGAGGUUGCUUGAACGAUUCUUUAUUCGAGAUAAUAGUUCAUUGAUCAUUCAGCGAUAAACUGACACCGUAAAGACAGUUGGACUACAUUAUGAUUUCGAAUGUGAAUCAGAAAGAUACGUUGUAUGUGAUAUAAUUGUAAGCAGCAACAUUAUGUAAUGGAAUAAUAAUAAACUAUGACAUAUUAUAUAAUUUAAA